AUGGACAGCCUGCAGGAGCCCUUCUUCAGUCUCGAGGACGGUCUGGACCCCUCGGACAGCCCCAGCCUGCUGUCCUCCUGGGACUGGAAGAACAGGGCCAGGCCCUUUGUGCUCGGCCAGGCCUCUCCGACUCAGAGCCUCUCCCCAGCCCCAUCUCUGGAGUUGUAUUCUCCAACCCCAUGCCCGGCUGGGGCCCGGCUGCUCUGUGGGCAGGGCGGAGCUGGAGACGGGGGAAGCGAUGGCCACAGCAGCCGUGGCCCUGGCGGCCUUGUAGAGGUGGACUACAGCAGGUUAGCUUUCCAGCCUGCCUAUCUCCAGGGUCCCGGGGGCCCCAAGAGCCAGAAGGGCACCAAAGUCAAGAUGUCUGUCCAGCGGAGGCGCAAGGCGAGUGAGAGGGAGAAGCUCAGGAUGAGGACCCUGGCAGACGCGCUACACACCCUGCGGAAUUACCUGCCACCCGUCUACAGCCAGAGAGGCCAGCCACUCACCAAGAUCCAGACGCUCAAGUACACCAUUGAGUACAUCGGGGAGCUCACAGACCUCCUCAAAGGCAGCAGGGAGCCCAGACCCCAGAGUGUGUGA